AUGGGUGAGAACAUCUUUAUAACUGGUGCCUGCGGUUAUAUAGGAGGAUCUAUUAUUGCAAGCUUCGCCCACGUCAAGGAUGGCCUGCUCGCGAAAGCGACAAUACAUGCUGCUGUUCGCUCGGAAGAGCAAGCUCAGAGCCUUACCAAAAAUAAUGUGGUUGCUGCAAAAAUUGACCUGAACAAUCCAUAUGCCUUGGCGGGCUAUAUGAUACGCAAUGACGUGAGUAUCAUUGUUCACACUGCAACAUCCAUAGACGGAGACAUCGCGCAUAACCUGAUAGAAGCGCUCAAACGGCGACGUGAGGCAAACGGGAAGAAAGCGUGCUUCAUCCAUAACUCGGGUCUAUCAGCAUUUGACGAAAGUACCGGAUGGCCCUUCGGACACGUGAGAGAUACUGACCCCGUGUAUUUUCUCGAAAAACAGUGUACGGACACGUAUGUCGUGCGGGAGGUUGAUGUCCUCGUUGCCGAACAGACAGAAUCGGCCGGGUUGACGGGUCUGAUAGUGUUACCUUCAUCUCUGUAUGGGCGAGGAGGCGGAACAUGGAAUCAAACCACGCUACUACUACCGGCCCUCAUUCGAACGGCUAUUGCGAAUAGGCAAGUCUUCAAGUUUGCCAGGGAUAAGGAAAUUCUUCUCACGCAUAUAUCCGACCUCACGACAUUCUACAUUCAAAUAGUUGAAGCUGUGCUCCAAAAACGAGCCCUGCCGGCCGGCACAUCAGGCUAUUACUUCACAGUCUCACACUCGGCCAGAUGGUGGGAGAUUCUGGAUCGACUAGCAAUCGCAAUGCACAAUCGUGGACUCGUGGACGAGCCAACUGCAAAGACAUGGCCGGAUGAUGCAUUUGCAGCAGAGGCACUGGACCUUCCCGUCAAUCUGACCCUGACCAUGUGGGACUCGAGUCCAAAGGUGAGUUGUUUGAAUAAGGACCUGAUCGGUUGGAAACCGGUCUGGGAUCGUGAGAGGUUGUUGGAAAGUCUUGAUGAGGAAAUUGAAAACUAUCUGGAGCUGGCUAGGUCCAAGGAUAGUCCUUGA